AUGGACGUGGACGUGGACGUGGACGUGGAGAUGGACGUGGACGUGGACGUGGACGUGGACGUGGAGAUGGACGUGGACGUGGACGUGGACAUGGACGUGGACAUGGACGUGGACGUGGACGUGGACGUGGACGUGGACAUAGACGUGGACGUGGACGUGGACGUGGACGUGGACGUGGACGUGGACAUGGUCGUGGACAUGGACGUGGACAUGGACGUGGACGUGGACGUGGACGUGGACAUGGACAUGGACGUGGACGUGGACGUGGACGUGGACGUGGUGGACAUGGACGUGGACAUGGACGUGGACGUGGACGUGGACGUGGACGUGGACGUAGAGGACGUGGACAUGGACGUGGACGUGGACAUGGACGUGGACAUGGACGUGGACGUGGACGUGGACAUGGUCGUGGACGUGGACGUGGACGUGGACGUGGACAUGGACGUGGACAUGGUCGUGGACGUAGACGUGGACGUGGACGUCGACAUGGACGUGGACGUGGACAUGAAGGACAUGGACGUGGACGUGGACGUGGACGACUUGGACGUGGACAUGGACGUGGACGUCGACGUGGACGUGGACGUGGAUGUGGACGUCGACGUGGACGUGGACGUGGACGUGGACGUGGACGUGGACAUGGACGUGGACGUGGACGUGGACGUGGACGUGGACGUGGACGUGGACGUGGACGGGGACGUGGACGUGGACGUGGACGUGGACGUGGACGUGGACGUGGACGUGGACAUAGACCUGGACGUGGACGUGGACGUGGACGUGGACAUGGACGUGGACGUGGACGUGGACGUGGACUUGGACGUGGACGUGGACGUGGACAUGGACAUGGACGUGGACGUGGACGUGGACGUGGACGUGGACAUAGACGUGGACGUGGACGUGGACGUGGACGUGGACCUGGACGUGGACGUGGACGUGGACGUGGACGUGGACAUAGACGUGGACGUGGACGUGGACGUGGACGUGGACGUGGACGUGGACGUGGACGUGGACAUGGACGUGGACGUGGACGUGGACGGGGACAUGGACGUGGACAUGGACGUGGACGGGGACGUGGACGUGGACGUGGACGUGGACAUAGACGUGGACGUGGACGUGGACGUGGACAUGGACGUGGACGUGGACUUGGACGUGGACGUGGACGUGGACAUGGACUUGGACGUGGACGUGGACGUGGACGUGGACAUGGACGUGGACGUGGACGUGGACGUGGACGUGGACAUGGACAUAGACGUGGACGUGGACGUGGAGGUGGACGUGGACGUGGACGUGGACAUGGACGUGGACGUGGACAUGGACGUGGACGUGGACGUGGACGUGGACAUAGACGUGGACGUGGACGUGGACGUGGACGUGGACAUGGAGGUGGACGUGGACAUGGACGUGGACGUGGACGUGGACGGGGACGUGGACGUAGACGUGGACGGGGACGUGGACGUAGACGUGGACGUGGAGGUGGACGUGGACGUGGACGUGGACGUGGACAUAGAGGUGGACGUGGACGUGGACGUGGACAUGGACGUGGACGUGGACGUGGACGUGGACAUGGACGUGGACGUGGACGUGGACGUGGACGUUGACGUGGACGUGGACGUGGUCGUGGACGUGGACGUGGACGUGGACAUGGACGUGGUCGUGGACGUGGACGUGGUCGUGGACGUGGACAUGGUCGUGGACGUGGACGUGGAUGUGGACGUGGACGUGGACAUGGUCGUGGACGUGGACGUGGACGUGGACGUGGACAUGGUCGUGGACGUGGACGUGGACGUGGACCUGGUCGUGGACGUGGACGUGGACGUCGACGUGGACGUGGUCGUGGACGUGGACGUGGACGUUGACGUGGACGUGGACGUGGACAUGGACGUGGAGGACGUGGACGUCGUGGACGUGGAGGACUUGGACGUGGACGUGGACGUGGACGUGGACAUGGACGUGGACGUGGACGUGGUCGUGGACGUGGACGUGGACGUGGUCGUGGACGUGGUCGUGGACGUGGACGUGGACGUGGACGGGGACGUGGACGUGGACGUGGACGUGGACGUGGACAUGGACGUGGACGUGGACGUGGACGUGGACAUAGACGUGGACGUGGACGUGGACGUGGACGUGGACAUGGACGUGGACGUGGACGUGGACGUGGACAUGGACAUGGACGUGGACGUGGACAUGGACAUGGUCGUGGACGUGGACGUGGACAUGGACAUGGACGUGGACGUGGACAUGGACAUGGUCGUGGACGUGGACAUGGACGUGGACGUGGACGUGGACGUGGACGUGGACGUGGACCUGGUCGUGGACGUGGACGUGGACGUCGGACGUGGACGUGGACGUGGACGUGGACGUCGACGUUGA